AUGAAAAGGAAACACCCCAACCAAGAAUUUGUUUCUUUUAUCUUCACAAAAGAAAAUGCUGAAAAAUUCCAGUCCAUUCGUGAAGAAAUGGGCCUUGAAGACAACAGCUUGCUGGAGUUCUUUUUCAAGUUACAUGAAAAAAAUAAGCUUCAAUUAAAAAAUGAGUACUUGGAGUUUGUAGGCAUUACAGACAAGGUGAACAUUGAAGUUCAAGAACUAGAAUCUACCACCACCACCACAAACGAGUCUGAUAUUGCAAACAGAUGUGAUAAUUUUCCUGUAACUUCAAAGCAGUAUACAGCAGAUAAUUUAGCCAUUGUUGAGUCCACUUGUGGCCUGAAUGACCAUCAAGCCAGGCUAGUUGACCAAGAAAGUGGUGAAACAGCCAAAGUUCUCAUUAGUUUGCAGGACUAUCAAGCAGAUGACCAUACAACUGUGAAUAUUGUAGCAACAGGAGACCAAGAUACCCAGGAAUGUGUAGAUACACAAUUGACAGAUGUGUGUAUUGAUACAAGUGAUAUUGGGCAUGUAGAAGGAACUAUCAAUAUUGAAAGUCAGUUGAUUAAUGAAAAUCUUAAUCAGGCAACCAGUAUAGAAAUUGUUCCUGAACCAAGCCCACAUCUACCAAGCCCUUCUGCUCUGGAUGCAGAGAAAAUUUUAGAGAUGGGUGAAAAGAGUGUCCAGUCAUUGCCUGAGCAAGUUGGCAGCAAUGAAGGGUUUGUAGUUCCAAAUUUGGAGUCAACAGAAGUUGAGAACCGGAAAAGAAAAAAUAACCAGAAAUCAAAUUCAGGUGGAGAACAGAAACGAAAAAGGAGGAAUGAUGUUUGGUUAACUCGGAUCCAGGAUGCAGAUUUUGAAGAGCGUCGAUAUAAAUGCCACUUCUGUUCAGCUGCCUUUUUCCAUCCCCACCAUCUACAACGGCAUGAGAAGCAACUCCAUAACUAUGAACUUAUUGAUCCACUCUGUGUUCAUGUGUUUGUUUGCCUACACAUUUUACAGAAGCUAACUGCUGCAGUGUUCUAA